CUGUUGCUGGCAGGCACGACGGCUGUAAAAUCCCUGCUUCCGCCUGUCCGCCGCUGGCGAGGGGCUGCGGACCCGGAGGAAGGGUGACCCCGGCUGCGAUCGGCGCGAUCUGCGGGCGGUGGUGUGCGGGCUGGGUGACUGCGGCGUGCACGGCGCACGUGUGUGCUGCCGUUGGGGCCCUGUGGUGUCUGCGCGCGGCCGCAGCCGGGACGCGGUGCUCGGCGCUGCUCAGGGCUUUGCGCACCCGUGUGGAGCCGGUGCACAGACCUUCCUGGUGUCCGAUCGCCCACGCACGCGCCUGCGUGUUCGUGCUGUUCUUUGAGCAGCACUGUACUUGUGGUUCUUGCGUGGGGAGACGUCAGCCUGUAGUUCGGGUCGAUUUCGCUGAACACUACCUGUAUGCUACUCUCAAGUCAGUGCCUUUAGGUAGAUGACGGUCUCUGAGUUACCCCACCGCACCAAAGUAUUGCUAUGGAGAUCAACUGUCAAAGUAAUUUCAAACUCAAUAAAACUGAGAAGAAGUUCUUAAGGAAACAAGCUAAAGCCAGGCAUACUUUGCUGAGACAUGAAGGUAUUGAGGCAGUGUCCUAUGGCACUCAGAGCCUGGUUGUUGCCAACGGUGGUUUGGGUAACGGCGUGAGCAGGAAGCAGCUGCUCCCGGUCCUCGAGCGGUGCGGGCUUGUGGAGGCUCUCCUAAUGCCCCCCAACAAGCCGUACUCAUUUGUGAGAUACGGAACAGUAGAAGAGUCCAAGAAUGCGUACGCCUCCCUCAAUGGAAAAGAAGUAGUGGAUGGUUUAGGACAAAAGGUCAUUCUGUACUUGAAUUUUGUGGAAAAAGCGCAGUGGAAUGAGUUUGAGGUUCAAACCUUACCUCCAGGUCUCAUAGUAGUAGAAGAAAUUAUUUCUUCUGAAGAUGAAAAAGUGCUUUUGGAAGUCAUUAAUUGGACAGAAGAUACAGACAAUCAAAAUUUUCAAAAAUCUUUAAAACACAGACGAGUAAAGCAUUUUGGUUAUGAAUUCCACUAUGAGAACAACAAUGUAGAUAAAGAUAAGCCGUUACCUGAGGGUCUUCCUGCUGUUUGUGAUAGCUUUCUGGAGAAAUGGUUAGCAGAAGGUUACAUUAAACAUAAACCUGAUCAGUUGACCGUAAAUCAGUAUGAACCUGGGCAAGGAAUUCCUGCUCAUAUUGACACACAUUCUGCUUUUGAGGAUGAGAUCGUUUCUCUCAGUCUGGGGUCAGAGGUUGUUAUGGAUUUUAAGCACCCAGAUGGUGUCACAGUGCAAGUGAUGUUGCCUCGUCGGAGUUUGCUAGUGAUGACAGGAGAAUCUAGAUACCUGUGGACCCAUGGAAUCACACCCAGAAAAUUUGACACUGUUCAAGCAUCUGAACAUUACAAAAGUGGGACUAUCACCAAUGAUAUUGGAGACUUAACUUUAAAGAAGAGGGAAAUACGAACAUCAUUUACAUUUAGGAAAGUGAGGCACACGCCUUGUACCUGUAAUUACUCUUUGGUCUGCGACAGCCAGAGGAGAGAGACUCCUCCCUCAUUUCCAGGGAGCGACAGAGAAGCGUCCCAGCUGGAGCAAGAACAUGUGCACCGGGUUUAUGAGGAGAUCGCUGAGCACUUCAGCAGCACGAGGCACACCCCGUGGCCGCGCGUCGUGGGGUUCCUGAAGGCUUUGCCGGCUGGGUCGGUGGUGGCCGACGUUGGAUGUGGAAAUGGGAAGUACUUGGGCGUCAACAAGGAGUUAGUCAUGAUCGGUUGUGAUCGCAGCAAAAACCUGGUGGAUAUUUGUAGGCGGAGGCGGUUCCAAGCCUUUGUCUGUGAUGCCCUGGCCGUUCCCGUUCGCGGCGGGUCUUGUGACGCCUGCAUCUCCAUUGCUGUUAUUCACCAUUUUGCAACCCCGGAGCGGAGAGUGGCAGCUCUCCAAGAAAUUGUCCGACUCUUGAGACCUGGUGGGAAGGCACUCAUUUACGUCUGGGCAAUGGAACAAGAACAUAAUAAUCAGAAGUCCAAGUACCUUAGAGGAAAGAGAAUUAGCCAAGGAGAGAAAGGAGAGAUAAGGAGCAGUAAAUCUACAGACGGAUUUCCUGAGCAGACGUGUGACGUGAGCAGUCAAAACGCAGCCUCUUCUCUCACCUCCAUCGAUGAUAUUCAGGAGGAAGAACCCAGUUCAAAGAAAGCUCCUAAUUCUGAGCUGCCUAUUCAUACUAACAGGACUUCUUUUCAUUCUCAAGAUGUGCUGGUUCCCUGGCAUCUUAAGACGAAGACUAGUAAAGACAAACCUGUUGGGCCCUUGGAUUCUGUAGGACCCCACGGCCCAGGCCCUAUGCUUCAUCGUUACUACCAUGUGUUCCGGGAAGGAGAAUUAGAAGCUACCUGCCAGACUCUGAGUGAUGUCAGCAUUCUGCAGAGCUACUAUGAUCAGGGAAACUGGUGUGUUAUUCUUCAAAAGGUCUAAAAAAAAGGUCUGAUUAUUUCUAUGGGAGCAUAUUGUAUGUGGAGAAGAAAUACUCAGCUUGUUUUAAAAGGAGAGUAAAGUAAUUAUCCCUUUAAUUAAAGAGAAAAACUUGGGAAAGUACAAAAGGAGAGUUCCUCAGGACACUAAGAGCUACUUAGGACACAUUCAGUCUGCUGCUGUUGACUGACUUCAUAAAUGUAUGUUUCUCCUAAGGGCGGCUAAGGGAGGUGUUUAAAUGUUAUUGAAGUAAUUUGUGAAGUGUCUGGGAUCCCUGUGUAAUAGUAUCACAUUUUGAAGAUCAUCUUUUGUUAUAAAAUGUUAUUGAAGGACCUUAGUGAAAUACUGCAAUUUUAAUAAAGGUAAUAUUUCUGAAGUAUCA